CAAAAACAAAUACUGAAAAUUCCUUCGUCUCUCUCUUCGGACUAUCACCGGAGAUUUUACUGGCAGAAGCAGCCUCACCGAAUUUUCUGUUGCGUUUGGGAAGCGAGAAAGUGAGGGAAAAUGAGCGGAACGGUGAAGAAAGUUACCGAUGUUGCGUUUAAAGCAUCCAAAAAAAUAGAUUGGGAAGGCAUGGCUAAGCUCUUGGUCUCUGAUGAGGCUCGGAAGGAGUUCGCCAAUCUCCGCCGCGCUUUCGAUGAGGUUAACUCCGCUCUCCAGACCAAGUUCAGCCAGGAACCUGAACCCAUUGACUGGGAAUACUAUAGAAAAGGAAUUGGUUCUCGCUUGGUGGAUAUGUAUAAACAAGCUUAUGAAAGCGUUGAAAUCCCCAAGUUUGUUGACACAGUCACUCCUGAAUACAAACCUAAAUUUGAUGCACUUUUGGUAGAGCUAAAAGACGCAGAGGAACAAUCCUUGAAAGAGUCAGAGCGCUUGGAGAAAGAAAUUGCGGAUGUUCAAGAGCUAAAGAAAAAGUUGAGCACCAUGACUGCCGAUGAGUACUUUGAGAAACAUCCUGAGCUCAAAAAGAAAUUUGAUGAUGAGAUCCGGAAUGACUACUGGGGCUAUUGACAUAUUGCCUUGAUUUUUUAGCCCCCUUGCUUUUUCCUGAGUUCAAAUUCUGAAUUUGUAGUGUUGCUCCUGCUGUUUUUUGAUAAUAAUUCUCAAACCCUUUAUUUAACUUGGUUGAUCUGGGCUGAAGAAUGAGCUCCAACUUUUGUAGAGAAAUCGUCUCCUGACAUAAAAUUUGAAAAUUGAGACAAUUCUUCGUUUAAUGGCAUCAUCUUGUUAACAUUUCAUGUGGGAAUGAUUCACUUUUGAAUGUUUUGAUAAAUAAUACCUUUGCUUUACU